CGCGCCAACGCCUCCAGGAGCAGCGCGAGCGGCACAGAAGCCGGAGCAGCGCGAUCCCGGCCCGCGCUCAUCCCGGCCGGCAAGAUGCUGGCGCUGUACCCGGAGGUGAAGCCCAACCCGCUGCGGGACGCGAACCUCUGCUCGCGCGUGUUGUUCUGGUGGCUAAACCCCUUGUUUAAAAUUGGUCACAAGCGGAGAUUAGAAGAAGAUGACAUGUACUCAGUGCUUCCGGAAGAUCGCUCCAAGCACCUUGGAGAAGAGCUGCAAGGGUACUGGGAUCAAGAAGUUUUGAGAGCCGAGAAGGAUGCACGGGAGCCUUCUUUAACGAAAGCAAUCAUAAAGUGUUACUGGAAAUCCUAUUUAGUUUUGGGAAUUUUUACAUUAAUUGAGGAAAGUACCAGAGUAGUUCAGCCCAUAAUUUUGGGGAAAAUUAUUGGUUAUUUUGAAAACUACGAUGCCACCGAUUCUGCUGCUUUGUACGAAGCUUAUGGCUACGCUGGAGUGCUGAGUGCCUGCACACUCGUUUUGGCCACUCUGCACCACUUAUACUUCUAUCAUGUCCAGUGUGCGGGGAUGAGGUUAAGAGUAGCCAUGUGCCAUAUGAUUUAUCGCAAGGCACUUCGCCUGAGCAACGUGGCCAUGGGCAAGACCACCACGGGCCAGAUAGUCAACCUGCUGUCCAACGAUGUGAACAAGUUUGAUCAGGUAACGAUAUUCUUGCACUUUCUGUGGGCAGGGCCACUGCAGGCUAUUGCAGUGACUGCCCUGCUCUGGAUGGAAAUAGGAAUAUCGUGUCUUGCCGGGAUGGCUGUUCUAAUCAUUCUUCUGCCUUUACAAAGCUGCAUUGGGAAGUUGUUUUCAUCACUCCGGAGUAAGACCGCAGCUUUCACAGACAUCAGGAUCAGGACCAUGAAUGAAGUUAUAACUGGCAUCAGAAUAAUAAAAAUGUAUGCUUGGGAAAAGUCAUUUGCAGACCUUAUCACCAGUUUGAGAAGAAAGGAAAUUUCCAAGAUUCUGAGAAGUUCCUACCUCAGAGGAAUGAAUUUGGCAUCAUUUUUUGUUGCAAGCAAAAUUAUUGUUUUUGUCACCUUCACCACCUAUGUAUUGCUUGGCAAUGUGAUCACAGCCAGCCGUGUGUUUGUGGCGGUGUCGCUCUACGGGGCUGUGCGAUUGACGGUCACCCUCUUCUUCCCUUCGGCCGUCGAGAAGGUGUCAGAGGCAUUCGUCAGCAUCCGAAGAAUCAAGAAAUUUCUGCUACUUGAUGAGAUAUCACAGUGCAACCCUCAGCUCCCACCAGAUGGUAAAAUAAUCGUGCACGUGCAAGAUUUCACUGCUUUUUGGGAUAAGGCAUCAGAAACCCCAACCCUACAAGGCCUUUCCUUUACUGUCAGACCCAGUGAACUGUUAGCUGUGAUCGGACCUGUGGGGGCAGGAAAGUCGUCACUGCUAAGCGCUGUGCUGGGGGAGCUGCCCCCGAGCCAGGGGCUGGUCAGUGUGCACGGGAGGAUCGCGUAUGUUUCGCAGCAGCCCUGGGUGUUUUCAGGAACUGUGCGGAGUAAUAUUUUAUUUGGGAAAAAAUACGAAAAAGAACGCUAUGAAAAAGUAAUAAAGGCUUGUGCUUUGAAAAAGGAUUUGCAGCUUCUGGAGGAUGGAGAUCUAACUGUGAUAGGAGACCGGGGAACCACGUUGAGUGGAGGGCAGAAAGCCCGGGUCAACCUCGCAAGAGCCGUGUAUCAGGAUGCAGACAUCUACCUCCUGGAUGAUCCGCUCAGCGCAGUGGAUGCAGAAGUCAGCAGGCACCUGUUCGAACAGUGUAUUUGUCAAGCCUUGCAUCAGAAGGUCACAAUCUUAGUGACACAUCAGUUGCAGUACCUAAAAGCUGCAAGUCAGAUUCUGAUAUUGAAAGAUGGAGAAAUGGUGCAAAAGGGGACUUACACUGAGUUCCUGAAAUCUGGGGUAGAUUUUGGUUCCAUUUUAAAGAAGGAGAACGAGGAGACUGAACCAUCUACAGUUCCAGGAACUCCCACCCUGAGGAAUCGCACCUUUUCUGAGUCUUCGAUUUGGUCUCAACAGUCUUCCAGACCUUCAUUGAAAGAUGCUGCUCCAGAGGGCCAAGAUACUGAGAAUAUGCAGGUUACACUACCAGAGGAGAGCCGUUCAGAAGGAAAAGUUGGUUUUAAGGCCUACAGGAAUUACUUUACAGCCGGUUCUCACUGGUUUAGCAUCAUUUUCCUUAUUCUAGUAAACAUCGCAGCUCAGGUUGCCUACAUCCUUCAGGAUUGGUGGCUUUCCUACUGGGCAAAUAAACAGAGUGCCCUGAAUGUCACUGUUAAUGGACAAGGAAAUGUAACUGAGAAGCUUGAUCUAUACUGGUACUUAGGAAUUUACUCAGGGUUAACUGUAUCUACCGUCCUUUUUGGCAUUGCCAGAUCUCUGUUGGUUUUCUACGUCCUUGUUAAUUCUUCACAAACUUUGCACAACCAAAUGUUUGAGUCCAUUUUGAGAGCUCCAGUAUUAUUCUUCGAUAGAAAUCCAAUAGGGAGAAUUUUAAAUCGUUUCUCCAAAGACAUUGGGCAUAUGGAUGACUUGCUGCCCCUGACAUUUCUUGAUUUCAUCCAGACAUUUCUACAAGUAAUUGGUGUGGUUGGUGUGGCAGUGUCAGUGAUUCCUUGGAUUGCAAUACCCCUGGUUCCCCUUGGCAUCCUUUUCUUUGUUCUCCGGCGAUAUUUCUUAGAGACGUCACGAGAUGUGAAACGCCUGGAAUCUACAACACGGAGCCCAGUAUUUUCCCACUUAUCGUCUUCUCUCCAAGGACUCUGGACCAUCCGGGCGUACAGAGCUGAACAGAGGUUUCAGGAACUGUUUGACGCAUGCCAGGAUUUGCAUUCAGAGGCUUGGUUCUUGUUUUUGACCACGUCCCGAUGGUUUGCUGUGCGUCUGGAUGCCAUCUGUGCCAUCUUUGUCAUUGCUGUUGCCUUUGGGUCCCUGAUCCUGGCAAAAACUUUGGAUGCCGGGCAGGUUGGCCUGGCACUGUCCUACGCCCUUACACUCAUGGGGAUGUUUCAGUGGUGCGUCAGGCAAAGCGCCGAAGUUGAAAAUAUGAUGAUUUCAGUAGAAAGGGUGAUUGAAUAUACAGAUCUGGAAAAAGAAGCACCCUGGGAAUACCAGAAACGCCCACCUCCAUCCUGGCCUCAUGAUGGAGUGAUCGUCUUUGACAAUGUGAACUUCUCGUACAGCUUAGAUGGGCCUGUGGUAUUGAAGCACCUGACAGCACUCAUUAAAUCAAGAGAAAAGGUUGGCAUUGUGGGAAGAACAGGAGCUGGAAAAAGUUCCCUCAUCGCUGCCCUUUUUAGAUUGUCAGAACCCGAAGGUAAAAUUUGGAUUGAUAAGAUCUUGACAACUGAAAUUGGACUUCACGAUUUAAGGAAGAAAAUGUCAAUCAUACCUCAGGAGCCUGUUUUAUUCACUGGAACAAUGAGGAAAAAUCUGGAUCCCUUCAAUGAGCAUACGGAUGAGGAACUGUGGAAUGCCUUAGAAGAGGUACAACUUAAAGAAGCCAUCGAAGAUCUUCCUGGUAAAAUGGAUACUGAAAUAGCAGAAUCUGGAUCGAACUUUAGUGUUGGACAGAGACAGUUGGUGUGCCUUGCCAGGGCUAUUCUCAGGAAAAAUCAGAUAUUGAUUAUUGACGAAGCCACAGCAAAUGUGGAUCCAAGAACUGAUGAGUUAAUACAAAAAAAAAUCCGCGAGAAAUUUGCCCAGUGCACUGUGUUAACCAUUGCACACAGAUUGAACACCAUUAUUGACAGCGACAAGAUAAUGGUUUUGGAUUCAGGGAGACUGAAAGAAUAUGAUGAGCCAUAUGUUUUGCUACAAAAUAGAGACAGCCUGUUUUACAAGAUGGUGCAACAACUGGGCAAGGCUGAGGCCGCUGCCCUCACUGAAACAGCAAAACAGGUGUUCUUCAAAAGGAAUUAUCCAGAUAUUACUCACAAUGGGCAUGUGGUUAUGAACGCUUCCCAUGGACAGCCCUCAGCCUUAACAAUUUUUGAGACAGCGCUAUGAUUCUACUAUGAUGUCAAGUCUAUUCCAAAGGCAUUUUUCCAAUAGUUUUUGCACUGUGUAAACUAUGUUUUACUUUUUUUACACCAGCAACAGAUAUUUACACACACAAGAUGUUAGUCUAUUUGGAUUUUUUCCCUCCAACUUCACCCAGUGAUUUCAAGCUCUAACAAAAUGAUUUAUUAUUGUUAUUUAUAUGUUAUAGUAUUUUUUUGUCUUAUCUAAAUCAGAGGUAUAGGCCAUCAAUAAAAACUGUUUACCAGGUUUUUUGCCUUAAAGAGACUCCAGAACCAAAGCACAUUUUCUAAGGUAUAAGACAAAGUUGUCAUAGGUGUUUUUUACUGCCCCUGAAUUACAUGUUACUUUCCAAUUAUAUCAGGGAUCCUAUUUACUUGACGACUGUGUGGAAGUUGCCAUUUUGCCUUACCACUUUCUUUAACAUGAGUAGGAUCCAUCAUUCCACCCAAAGGCCUCUGGUUAAACUAGUACAGAAAAAACUAAUAGGAAAAACAAAAAAUACGUUUUAGUUUAAGUGGCAUUAUAGUAGAAAAGCCCCCCCCCCCCCCAAAAAAAGGGGAAAAGAUUAAUGGUUAAAAUACAGAAAGUCAGUAUUUAAUUAUAUCUUCUAAGAGUUGGAAGAGAAAAUGCUUUCAGAAAAUAGGAGCCUUUCUAGGGAUUUGAUAAUGAUGGACAUGUGUGAGCAUUGAUCGUCUUCUAGAUUUUGUGGGUCUGACAUGAUAUCUGUUGCAAUUUUAGACUCAGCUUGGUGAUGUUUUCAAAAAGGCCAUGCUGCUAACUGUAAUUCUUGAAUAUGUAGUUGUGGUUUUAUUUGGAUUUCUAAUUUCCUGACGGUUGACCCUCUGUUGACGUAUGCCUUUUGGUUUACUCGUAAUUGAAAUCCUUUCUAAAUCACAUGCAUGGGCUCCCCUGACUUGGUGAGGAAAACAGGAAGUCGUUGCAUACAUUGACUGUAUUUACAUAGUAUGUUCUCAGGAUGCAUCAAGAAGGGUCACUUUCAGGAGCCUGCCAAAGUUAGUUUACUUCAGAUCACUGAUUGCACUUUGUUUAGCUCUUUCUGAUCAGUAGGUCAGCAAACCACAAUACUUCCUAGGGCCUGUUGUGCUUGUGAAACUGUGGGUUCUCAGCUUUUCUUGAUGGUGGUGGCUAUGGUAUGCUGACUGCAAGUUACGAGAGGUUUUAGUGUCCUGAUUUUAAGUGUACUCUCAGAAUAAGGUGUAACGGGCCUCAAAUUACGUAUGUAUAUGUGUAUAUACAUACCUUCUGAUAGCUGGUUUUUGGACUCUUUAGCAGAGAGAAACAGAUGUUUCAUAGAAUCAAGCCUUAAAAACCACAUACUCAGCAAACUACCAAAAUACAUUGAGUGCAGUUUGUAUUUAGAAGUAAUAUGGUUAAUGUUUAGUCCAGUAAAUUGUGUAAUAGUCACGGUUCUUAUUUCAGGAGACUGAAAUGACAACAAAGAUAAUAUUGAGGUUUGUUGAAACAGUGGAAAUAUUUGAAAUGUAUAUGUGUUUAUUUGGUCUUUAGAGGUUUAUUUAGUCUUUAAAGGCAGUUAAAUAUGUUUCUAUUUUAUUUCUUUUUUAACAUCAUUAUAGAAUUUUUUAAUGAAACAAAAUUCAAUUGAAAUAAAUGUUUUCAUCUCCAGAGAUCUGAAUUUUUGUUUUUAGAGGUAUAACUGACUCAUGUCCUUGCUGUUGAAAGCCAGUGAGUUUCCCUGAGAUCAAAAAAUAUUUAUAGGGCUUCCUAGGGGGCGCAGUGGUUGAGAAUCCGCCUUCCAAUGCAGGGGAUAUGGGUUCGAUCCCUGCCCCAGGAAGAUCCCACAUGCCGCAGAGCAACUAAGCCCGUGCGCCACAAAAAAAAAAAAAAAAAAAAAAAAAA